AUGAAAAUCGUAUCGCGACGCAUAAAUUGGUCGGAUUUGGGUGGAUGUGAAGAAUUGAUUCAAGAACUGAAUGACAGAAUUAUUUUACCUUUGAAAAUUCGAAAUGAAGACGAACAGUUUUCGUUAUCUUCGACUUUGUUAGCACCUCCUAAAGGAGUAUUGCUUUAUGGCCCACCAGGCUGUGGCAAAACCCUUAUCGCCAAAGCUCUUGCUCGAGCUGCUCAUGCUCGAUUUAUCAAUUUGCAAGUGUCGAAUUUAGUCGAUAAAUGGUAUGGUGAAUCACAAAAGCUUGCUGCUGCUGUGUUUUCUGUGGCGGAAAAAUUCCAACCCACAAUUAUCUUCAUUGAUGAGAUUGAUUCAUUUCUUCGAGAUCGAAAAUCGCAUGAUCAUGAAGCAACUGCCAUGAUGAAAGCCGAAUUCAUGAGUCUUUGGGACGGUUUCGCUUCCUCAAAUAGCGCUGUGAUACUUAUGGGUGCUACAAACAGACCUCACGACGUAGAUAGCGCUAUUCUUCGGCGUAUGCCUGCUCGAUUUUUCGUUCCUUUACCAAAUGCAAAAUCACGCGCAAAAAUUUUACGUGUGAUUUUGCGCGACGAGCCAUUGGAUUCAGAUAUCGAUUUCGAACGCGUUGCUGAGCUGGCCACCGAUCUAAGUGGUUCAGAUCUUAAAGAAGUGUGUAGGCUUGCUGUAGUUAAUCGAGUGAAAGAUCUGAUGGGGCAAGGAAGCAGUCUAUAUGACGAAACGUCUCGGUUAAUACGUGAAGUAGAUUUAAUUCAUGCAGUGAAAAAGUACAUGGCAACCAAUUUACGAAAUCCUUUGGCAAUGUUUAUUCCGGAAUCACUGGAUUGA